GCAUUUUAAAACUGAUUUUUGCUAUUUUAUAAAAAUGUAUAAAAUGAAUAAUAAUAAUAAUCAUUAAUAAUACUACUAAUAUUAGUAAUAAAACAGUAAAGAAAUGAAUAAUAUUUUAUGGAUUUUAAAUAUAUUACUAAUACUAAUACUACUACUAAUAUUCCUAUUACAAACAUGUAUAUAUGGAUUUAUUAUGGAACAUACUUUAUUAAAAAAUAUGCCAGAAAAUGUUGAAUAUUGGAGACUUAGAAGUCUUGAUCUUGGACCAUGUUUACAAGAAGGUGAUGCAUAUUGUAUGCGACGUGUUGCUAAUAGUAUGUGUUCAAUAGAGAAAAAUGAAUGUUUUUGUAAACCUGGUUAUGUAUCAAUACAAGAAAGUUAUGGAAUUACUUGUAAAACAUUGUUAACCAAUUUAAAAUGUCAAGUGGAUAGUGAUUGUAUACAUGUAGUGAAUAGUGCAUGUCAUCCAGGUGCAGGAUAUUGUGCUUGCCCAGGUGGUACAAUUUAUGUAUCUCAGGAUAAUGCAUGUCGACAGUCGGUAGAGAAUAAUCAAAAUCCAUUUUGUUUAAAAUGUCGACAAGCGAAUGGAGUUUGUUAUCAUUAUUCUUCUUCUAAUCAAAUAUUGAAUGUAAAUGAAAUUAAACGAUAUAAACGUUAUGAAUAUAAAGACAAUGAUUUAAUCCCUUUCAACAGUCCUAUAGAUCUAAUAUUUAAAGAAAUUCUUCAAUAUACUGAAAAUACAGAGACAUAUGGAUGUAGUUGUCCACAUAAUACUGGGAUGUUAGUUUCAUUUUCAAUGAAAGGUUUAACAACAAAUACAAAUCAUAGUCAUUUACAAAAAUCUCAUCAUUCAAAAUCAGCCGAAAAAAUUGAUGAAAAUAUAUCCUUAUCAACAUAUCAACUUGUACAACAACAAUUUCCUCAGUGGUAUUUUUGUAAAGCAAUGAUGGUUGAUUUAUGGGAAUAUUGUAACAAUAUUGAUUUAUUAUGUCGAAGUAAAAAUGCACGUUGUAUUAAAACAGACAAUGAAUUAGAUUUGAUUCGAUUCACAUGUCAGUGUAUACCUGGUUAUAUACCAGUUUAUCAAAAUCAUUUAGGUUAUUAUGAAUGUUUUCUUCAACUUGAAGCGAAUCAUUCCAGCUGUUCAUCAUGUAUUUAUUCAAAUGGAAAAUGUUAUACAAUGAAUGAACAAGUCAUUGAAUCAUCGAUUGGUUGUUUAUGCCCAAAUAAUCUUCAGUCUAUAAUAUCAUCUACAACACAGACUUAUUUAGUACAACCUAACAAUAAUAAUAAUAUUCCUAUUGACAGUAAUAAUAAUGAGAUCAUAAACAAUAAUGUUAAUGAACAGAAGAAUUAUAAAUCUAUGCUGUCACAGGCAACAAUAAUGGAAUAUGAAGCAUGCGGAGAGAAUUUAGUACAUGUAUUUUGUCAACGACAUUUAUUAGAAAUCUGUUUUCUACCAAUUAAUCAACCACCAUAUCAAAAUUUAGCUGAGAAUUUACAAUUACAUCGUUCAAUUGCUUUAAUUACAAAUUUAACCAUCUAUCAAAAAUUUCUUGAUCAUUGUACAUUGAAUAUAAAAAAAGAUUAUGGUUUACAAUAUGAACAAUGGAAUAAUAAUACAAUCAUAAAAAAUUAUAAUAAAUUAAAUACAAAAUAUAUAUGGUGUAAAACAAUGGAUUGGAGAAAGGAUACAACGAAUAUACCAUGUGGUCUUAGUAUUACUGAAUAUAUGACUGGUGAUUUGUAUACUGGUUACUUGGCUAUAAUUACAAAUCAAGAAUAUCGUAAUCAUGAAAUUGAUCUCUUGUUUCAAUUUACUUGUAAAACGAAUAAUGAUGUACCGCAUAGGAUACCUGGACAAGUUUUUGAAAGAAAUAUUAAAGUUAAUAGACAAGAUCUAUUUGACAAUUCACCAUGGCCUAAACUUGAUGUUAAAUUCACUGUGAAAGAUGAAAAUGGUCAAUCAGUACAAACAAUAUUAGAUUCAACACCAAUCAGAUUUGUAGCUGAAUUGAUUGAUGAACUAAAUGUUUACAAAGCUGUUACUGUUGAAGAAUGUUAUGUGAUAGACAGGAUAAAAUCUGGUCAAAGAAAUGAAGAUUCCAAGGAAACUCUUUUAUUAUACAAAGGUUGUCCAAUAUCAAAAACACUAUUAAACAAUCUAUCAACGAUUGGAUUAACAUUUCAUACAAAUCAUUAUAAUAAUGAAGAAAAUUUCUUAAUAUUUCAACCUACUACUACUACUAGUACUACUACUACUACUAGUAGUACUAGUAGUAAUCAUCAUUUACAAACUGAUUUAUUUUAUCUUUAUUUAAAUGAUCCUUCAUACAUUCAAUCAAAUCAAACAAAAAUAAUCAAUAAAACAAUAAAAAUCAAUAAUAAUAAUAUCAAUAAUAAUAAAAUCAAUAAAAAAAUUUUAUUUUUUCAUAAUCAAACAAUAAAUGAACAAUUAAAUUUAAUAGAUGAUAUAUAUAAACAAAAAUUAAAUGAAAUUGGUUAUAAAUUAUAUGAAUUAAAAUUUACAUGUAUAUUUCGUAUAUGUAAACAAUUAGCAUGGUGUUCAUGGCCUUCUGCUUGUGAUUCAACUACAUCAAGUUUGAACAAUCCUCGAAUAACAUUUCUGCCACCAAGUCUACGAAUUAUACAACGUUCUAUACCAUUAUAUUUAAUUGAAAGUAUUCCAAGUAGUCAGUUACCAGUGAAGAAACAAGUUCCAUCAAGGAUAUGUGAUGAAUUAUAUUGUUCAAAUACAUUACAUAUAUUAUUAAUGAUAAGUUUAAUUGGUAUAUUAACAUGUUUAAUGGGUGUAAUGGGUAUGUUAUUAGCACGUAAAUAUCGUCAUCAUUUAAAUCAUACAAGAAAUUCAUUAAUACAAUCUAAAUCAUUAAUAAUAAAACAAAAUCAUUGUCCUCAAUCAAAUAAAAAUUAUUAUAAUCCAAUUAAACAAUCAUCUAGAUCACAAUAUUUAAUACAUAAACCACAUAUACAAUUAGAUCAACAUAUAGAUAAUGAUAUAAUAAAAAGUUUGUUAACAGUUGAUAGUCAUAUAAAUACUAAUACUAAUCAUAUUACUAAUAAUAAUGUUAGUAGUAGUAGUACUAGUAGUAGUAGUAAUAGUAAUAUUAGUAAUAGUAAUAAUCAACCAUAUACAAUCGACAUUAAUGAUUGUUGUAAAUAUUGGUUAAAUGAACAUUCAUAUGCUAAUCCUUUAUUAUUACAAAGAUCUCUACCUCAUGAUCUACCUUUGUGCCAACAACAUCAUCAUCACCAUCAUCGACAUCAUCAUCAUCACCAUCAACAACAACAACAACAACAACAACAACCAUAUGAGCAACAUCAACUUUAUCAUUCACAACAUCAACAACCAUCACAAUACCAAUUACAACAUUAUGAAAUUUCACCAUCAUCUACAAUGGCUACUCCAAAUCAUUGUUCAUGUAUAAAUGAGACAUUAUUUACUGAUAAUAAAAUAAUACAAAAUUUAUCAAAUUAUUAUACUCUGAAAAGCUAUACUACAUUACCAUUAACUACGACAAUAACCACAUCGAAUACAUUUACAUCAUUUAAAUCAUUAGAAAAUUCUAGGCAAAAUGAUGAUUAUCCAUUGAUGAAUAGGACAACAACAGCAUACAAUACAAAUGAAUACAAAUGGAUCACAAUGAAAUGUAUUCAAAAAAGAAUAAUAAUGACAAUGUAACAACCAAAUUCUAAACGAAUUAUUAAUUCUGUUCGAAUGAAGAAUUAGAAACCUGCUCAAUCAGUUUAUUCUUUUUAUUUCACUAUCCUUUAAUUAUUAUUAUUCCUACUUUUCAACUAAAAUGUACAUAAAUGACGUAGAAAUGAAGAACAUUAAUUCAUCAGUGAACACCUUGAAAUGAAUUUGU